AUGACAGUUGAUAUCCUGUACGCGGACAUUGUCAACUUCACCAGACUGUCAGAGCAACUCUCCGCAUCGGAUCUGGUGCAGACGUUGAACGAGCUCUUUGGCCGCUUUGACCAGAUCGCCCAGAAGAGCCACUGUAUGCGGAUAAAGAUCCUGGGUGACUGCUACUAUUGUGUGUCGGGUCUACCGGUCUCCAGGCCAAGCCACGCCUACAACUGCGUGAAGAUGGGCCUACAAAUCAUCGAGGCCCUACGUGUUGACCGCGAGGCCACCGAGGUGAACGUGGACAUGCGCAUUGGAGUGCACACUGGAAACGCGUUGUGCGGUGUGCUGGGCCUGCGCAAAUGGCAAUACGAUGUGUGGUCCGACGACGUCACCUUGGCCAACCACAUCGAAUCUGGCGGUGUUCCAGGACGCGUGCACAUCACAAAAGCCACGUACCACCAACUGGAUGGGAAGUUCGAGACCGAACCCGGAAAUGGCCACCAGCGGGAUCAGUACCUUGCUGAGCACCAAAUUGAGACAUUCCUCAUCGCACCGCAGAAGAAAGAUACCUCCGAAGAGAGCCCGCACACGGUGCAUGAGAACAGCAACCGACAUCGGUCCACCUCCAAGAUGUACAAGCACGUCGAAUGCUGGGGUGCGGACAAGCCGUUUGCCAACAUAUCCGAGACCACACUGGCCAAGAACGUCGGUCUGACGGUACGCAAACAAGCAUGCUACAGACGCUGCUAUGCAAUGCCAAUGCAAGUAGUAACUCACGAAAUAAUCGCUUGUUGCAAGAAAAUAUGUGCGUUUUCAGCAUCUUGCAGUGUAUUUCGCGUGCUUCGAGCAAAGAAUACAAUCGAGCCAAAGUUCAGACAACAAAGAACGUGGUUGCUUUACUUGUUCACCUAAUUUUACAAUUAAGGUAGGAAAGGAAACACAUUCGAGAUAGUCUUCCGAAAACGCGUUUCCUGUUUGUAUUGUUAGUGGACCUGCGCAAUGCCGCUGAAUUGGAAGCGUGU